UAAGGAAUAAGGAAAGAGAGAAGAGGGCAUAUCAAAGGCUGAGCACAGCUACAAGAGAGAAAGAAGGAGGAGGAAGAAGAAGAAGAAGUGUAUCUCACAAUCUCCUGUCAGAAAAUUCUUUCAGAUCUUUUUCUUGAGGGAGAGGAAGUGGUUUAGAGAGAAGUGAUUUUGAUUUUGAUUUUUGAUUUUUGAUUUUGGAUUUUUGUUUUUUUGAUUUUGUUAUGUGGCACACUUCAAUUUAAGAAGAUUCUAGAGAGAGAAAAAGUGGUGAGAUUUGUUGUUCGCAAUUGGAAUUUCCCCUACUUUGAUGUGCGAUUGUGGGGGACUGGAUUGUGAUCGAUCGUGUCGGCGGCGGCGAUGGCGAAGCGGAGGGAGCGGACGCUGGCGGAGCUUUACAAUGGAACGGAGAUGAUUUUGGAACCAGAGUUUUGAGAGGGAGCUGUCGGAUGCAAGGGCCUGUGGACGAGACGGAUUAUGAUAUUCAGACCAAUACGGCAUCAGCUGAAAAGGGAAGUCGGAAAGCUUAUAUUAGGGCAGAAUCUGGGACCUGUAACGUGUGCUCCACUCCUUGCUCAUCUUGCAUGCAUUUUAACCAAGCUCUCAUGGGGUCAAAGUCUGAUGAAUCUUCUGAUGAAAACUGCCGGGGAAAUGCUGUUAGCCAGUAUUCUGUUAAUGAUGUGCAACCUCCUUUUAAGAGUAGAACAUGUGAUAACUUACAAAAUACUGCCAGUGAGAUAAGUAAUCUAGUCAGUGCUAAUUCAAGUCAUGAUUCAUUCUCUGAAAAUGCUCAAAGUCAAGCAGCAUUGGAUGCGUCUGAAGAUGUUGAGAUGCUUCCAAGUGAAAAUAUUGUAGAGGAUCACCUUGCUUCGAAACCAAAAUGUGUUUCUGAUCAAAGAAGCCUUCCAAAUAAGUAUGAUGAUCCAAAGGGUUUAGAAGUGCAUGAUGAUAACAUCUCAUGUAUUAUUGAGAAUAAAGAUGAAAAGACCAGUUAUAAUGCUGACAGAAAAUGUAGUGCAGGUUCAGUUAGUAGUGUUUGUCAAGAGGGAUUUGGAAAGACUGUUCAUUUUCAAACUGCCUCAGGCAGUCAUGAUGUCAGUGAUAUGAAAAAGAGCCAUAAUAACAGUGGGCAAGUGAGUUGUUAUACUCAAGAUUCUAUUCAGAAGGUGCCUCCUAGUUUAUCAACACCUUCAGAGGUUCCUUCCCUAAAAGAUAUUGAUAUUGGCACUGGCUCACAGGGCAGUGGAUUGCCUUCCUGCGACCCAAAAGUUAAGGAUUUGGAAGAGGAUUUCUCUUCUCAUCUCAAGGAAGAAUUGCCCGAGUGCUCAAUGGGGCAUAUGAAUUCAUCAUCGACAAAAGAGGCAGCACUGAAUGUUGUAUCUGGUGAGAAAUCUGCUGGAUAUGACUCUGCUGAUACUAUUGCAAAUAGUAAAACUAGUUUUAUUGGAGGCAGUUCUGUGGUUUCAAUUGAAGUUCAUACAGACUUAGAAGUAGAGACUGACAAGGAUGGUAAGGACAGGCCGACUGAAGCAUUGAAAUGUGUAGACCAAGAUGAGGAGGUCAAGAAGUGCAAUGAGUUGCCUAAGUUACCUGAUAUUGAGAAACCUUCUUUGCAAUCUCAGCUUGUGGAUGAGAGUGAUGAAUCAGACGUUGUGGAACAUGAUGUCAAAGUUUGUGAUAUCUGUGGAGAUGCAGGUCGGGAGGAUUUACUUGCUAUUUGUAGUAGAUGCAGUGAUGGUGCUGAGCACACCUAUUGCAUGCGAGAAAUGCUGGAUAAAGUUCCAGAAGGUAAUUGGAUGUGUGAAGAAUGCAGGUUUGAGAAGGAAAUUGAAAUCCAGAAGCAAGUGAAAGUUGAAAUGGAGGGUACUGAGAAAAAUCAACUUUCUGGACAAGCAAAUGCUGUAAAUGCUGUAAAUGCUGAUGUACUUGUGAAGUUGGAUACAAAAGAUUCGGAUGUUGAGGGAAACAGUACCCACAAAGUUGUUUCAGGUACACAAGUCUCUGGUAAGAGACAUGCUGAGAAUACAGAAGUUGGUCCAGUGGUGAAAAGGCAGGCUGUUGAACUAAGCUCGGGAUCGCCAAAGUCAUCUAGCCCUAGCAGAAUAGCUGCAUUAUCUCGGAAUGGUUCAUUCAAGAAUUCAGAUAAGGGGAAAGUUAGGCCAGUCCAUCAAACGUCUUCUACCACACACUCCAGUGAUAUUCCGGAAACUGCACGAUCUCCAACUGCAGGUCCACGACUUACACCUCGUGGUGCUUUGUUAAAGUCUAAUUCUUUCAGCACUUCAAACACAAAACCAAAAGUGAAACCUGUAGAGGAAGUUCUUCCUGAAAAGCAGAAGAGGGUUAGGGAACCUGCUUCCCUUGAUAUGAAGGAGGGUAUUAGUAAAAUGAUGGGAAAAUCCAUGUCAUUUAAAUCCUCAGGCCGUUUAAAUGCUACUGAAUCAAAAGUUAAAAUGCUCUCCCCUAAUUUUUCUCAUGUUCAGAAUCCAAAAGGAUUAAAACAGGCUAUAGAACGAAACUCAUUUGAUAGGAAGAAUUCGUUUAAAUCAGAACGUACAUUGGGUAGUUCAGCAAUGGCUGGUUCUAGUGUUUCUACACCAAAGCCUGAUCAAAAACCUGCAUCUCGUGGCGAAUCUGUUUCACUUUCUUCUAUAAGCAAUAACCGUGAUUCGAAGGCUGUGCAGUCUGAUGGGAAAUUAACUUCUCCAAAGCCAACUUGCCAUCCAAGUCGUAAAGGUUCAGAAAUUCCAGUUACUUUAGGUGAAGUUAAGAGGCAGUCUUCUUCAUCUACCAAUGGAACAUGCAGUUCUUCUGAACAGAAGCCUAACCAUGCUAGCUUGAAGGAUGAACCUUCAUCAAAUUCGUGGAACACUGAGAAAUCUGUUCAUGCUAAUGAAACACCACAAGAUGGGUCGCCUUGGUCUCGGGAAUCAACAAAUCAGGGUGAGAAAACGAGAGAGACUUCUGUUAAUCGCCCAAAGCAGAGUUCCACCACUGGUGGAAGAAAUCUUCCCUGUGAAAAAUGUAAAGAAAUUGGUCAUUCUUCACAAUCUUGCACAACUAGCAGUCCUCGGCCUUCUACUGUUGAUGCAUCAGCUGCAAAAAGUUCAAAAGAGUUGAUGAACAAGGGUAAUAAGUUGAAAGCUGCAAUUGAAGCAGCCAUGCUUAAAAGGCCUGGAAUAUACAAAAGGAACAAAGUUCUUGAUCAAUCUGAUGAGGCUUCCUUGUCAAGCACAGAUUUGAAUGGUCAAAUGGCUUCUCAAGAUCAAUUAUCAAUUUCGAGUAGUACAAAGAAUAUGGUUUCUGCUGAAGGAAUGGAUGAAGGGAAAGCAAUAGUCCAGAAUUAUACUGUUGACUCUUCCAAACAAACAGCUGUCAACAACUUGAAGCAACUUUCUGUGCUCCCUACUGGAUCUGUAUUCUCUUCCAAAGUGGGAGAAGUAGAUUCUAUUGUCCCUGCUGAUGUAAAGCCUUCUAUGAGAGACAUUUCUAGUGAUGCUUCCACUGCAGCUAAUGUUCUUUGGAAGAUGCCUGUCAUUCCAGAGCAUGAAUAUAUUUGGCAAGGGGUUUUUGAAGUCCAUAGAAGUGGAAAAGUGCCAGACUUAUGUGGUGGAGUGCAAGCACACUUAUCAACCUGUGCGUCACCUAAAGUUCUUGAAGUGGCAAAUAAGUUUCCCCACAAGGUUCUCUUGAAUGAAGUUCCUCGCUUGAGUAUGUGGCCAGCACAGUUUCAAGAUUGCAGUGUUAAAGAAGAUAACAUUGGGCUCUAUUUUUUUGCUAAAGAUCUUGAAAGUUACGAGAGAAACUACAGGAGUUUGUUGGAGAGCAUGAUGAAGAAUGAUUUAGCUCUUAAAGGAAACAUUGAUGGUGUUGAACUCCUGAUAUUCCCAUCCAACCAGCUUCCUGAGAAAUCUCAGCGUUGGAAUAUGAUGUUUUUCUUAUGGGGUGUAUUCAAAGGAAGGAGAUUGAAUUGCUCAGAACAGACAUCUGGUUCUUCAAAGGUUGUCUGUAUUCCUAGUUUGAAUACAGUACCCGAGGAUGAUGAUAUUCCCAGCAUUGCCAUGACUUCAUCUGAGAACACAUGCUCACCUGAACGUAUGGCUAAAGAUGUAAACACAUGUGACAGAUCAUGCGAUGUAGACCUGUCAUCCAUGGCUCCUGCCUUAGUGGACAUACCCUUUGUUUCAUCAUCUGAAACUGUAAAUGGAAAUCACAAUACGAAAAUACCUUCAUGCGAUGAUAAGUGCUUAGGUUCACAAGAAAAAAUGGAGCAGCAGGAGACCAAACUUGAUGUCCACUUCUUGUCCAGGAUUCCAACAGGCAGUUCACAGUUGUGCCCGGAAGUGAGAUGCACCAGUACUUCCCUGAAAGAGCAUAGCAAUCCAGAUGGCAAACUGGAGUCGAAGCUUCAACCUUCUGUUCCAUUAACUAAGAUAGGAAGUGGUUCGAAUAGAGUUGAGAAGUUGCCAGUGCAUCGGGCCGCAUCACUUGAUAGGCAGGAUGUUCUGCAUCAUCCUUUCAAGAUGCUUCCCAUUGGUUCUCAAGAGGUAGGUGUCAUGGGAAGCAUCAGUGAGGAGAAGCUACAUGAUAGAAUGAGCAGCAUCACGAGUCGAGCAAAAUUUGAGAUUGUCUUGAUGGACGAAGAUAGGGUUAUGGACACAGAAGCUGAUGGAGAGGGUUGGCAAUUCAACACUAAACGGCCACGCUCUGAUCCUACAGAGACAGUGUCACAACCUUCUUCUACUGGUACAAGUCAAGGAUUGCCAUGGAAUACUGGGAAUAGUAUUUUGGUUGAUGGAGAGAGUGAGCGCAAGAAACUGAAGACAAGUUAUAGUGGAGCAUUUGUUUGUAACAGUUCUAGAAAUACGAGUUCUUUGAGUGAUGGUUUUGCAUCACCCAUAAACGAUCCGGCUCCUGUUGUUCCACCUAUCAAUGAAAAAAGAUUCUUUCCUGUAGAUUUGCAUCCUGUGAGGAACUUCCUCUUGGGGGAUGACUCCAUGCCUCGGAAAGCAUUCUCACCAGAAUAUGAGGAUCGACUUCAUGAUACAGUCCCAAAUCUUGAGCUUGCCUUGGGGGCUGAAAAGAAACCAUCAAAACAAGGGAUCCUGCCUUGGUAUCUUGGGAGUGCAGACAAGAAAACCGAGCAGGACAAGCCUCCUGAUAUGGUGACAAUCAAGGAAGACGAAGAUGCAGCUUCUCUUUCCCUUUCUCUUUCCUUUCCAAUCCCAGAGAAGGAACGAGCUGUGAAACCUGUCCCCAGAACCGAGCAGCUCCUUCCUGAAAGGCCCAAUGUGAAUACAUCCUUCCUCCUAUUCGGGAGGGGCUUCCCAGACAGUUAGACAGACUCGUGGUGAUGCACAUUGUAUACAUUAUGAUGCCCCCAUCGCUUAGAACCAUAAUCUAUUUCCAUCUGUUCAUAUAACCCAUACAAGAUCAAGUAAUAAUUUUCUUUUUCGCCUUUGUUUUCUCAGUUUCCUUUUUUUGAGUGCAUAGUAACGGCGGUUUGUAUAUAAAGAGGAUGAAAGCCGACACAGUUUCGAAAUGCCAUGAGGGAUUUCCAGAACAAUGUGUUGGUUUUUUA